AUGCCCUCGUCCCAGCCUCUGGUUGUGCCACCGCAAACCAUACCCUCGCUCCAGCCUCUGGUUUUGCCGUCGCCGCAAAGACAGGCCCCGCCUCCGCCUCUGAUUACGCAGCCGCUGCAGACUGCGCCUCAGGCUUUAACCCACGCCGCAUCAACAUCUUCCUCGUCAUCUACCGCUACCAACCGCAUUGUUCCCGACGCACGAUUUUCUGUGGAAAGCUACCAGCAAUCAAAAGCUCCUGAAUGUUGCGAUGCACUCGCGGAACCGCUGGCUCAACUCUUCAACACCUCGCUUUCCACCGGAGUUUUCCCAUGUUUCUGGAAGAAGUCGUUUUUGUUCCCUGUUCACAAAAAGGGGCCUAAACGUGACGUCCGGAACUAUCGCGGAAUCGCUGCCCUCUGCGCUGUAAGCAAGCUCUUCGAAGUCAUUGUGCUAGACUUCAUCAAGUUCAACUGUUGUGAUUAUAUCGCCCAGGAUCAACAUGGCUUUAUGGCGAAACGUUCUACCAGUUCCAAUCUGGUCACCUAUUCGUCCUUCAUCCUACGAACCAUGCAGAAACGGAAACAAAUUGACGCCAUCUACACGGAUCUAUUGGCAGCAUUCGACAAGCUAAACCACCGUAUUGCUGUUGCUAAACUCGAGCGACUGGGCUUCAGCGGUUCUCUGCUCGAAUGGCUUCGCUCCUACCUCACCGGACGAGAAAUGAGCGUGAAAGUGGGCGACGUAAUUUCUGCCAUAUUUGCUGUUUUUCAGGCGUCCCACAAGGCAGCCACCUGGGUCCCCUGAUUUUUCUCCUCUAUAUGAAUGACGUGCAUCCUCUGCUUAAAUGUCACAAGCUGUCUUACGCGGACGACAUAAAGCUUUUCACUGUUAUCGAUGAGACCAGAGACUGCCAGUUUCUUCAAGAGCAGCUCAACCGGUUUGCCAACUGGUGCUCCGAUAACAGAAUGGUUCUUAAUGCAACUAAGUGUUCAGCAAUCACUUUCACCCGCAAACGCAACAAAAUUUCCUUUGACUAUACUCUUUCAAACACCACCAUACCUCGGACUUCCUGUGUGAAAGAUUUAGGCGUGAUGCUGGAUAGCAAAAUGACGUUUACUGACCAUAUUACGUACAUGGUUUCCAAAGCUUCCAAAACAUUAGGAUUCGUCUUUAGGAUAGCUAAGCAUUUUCGAGAUUUAGGCUGUCUCAAAGCUCUUUAUUGCUCGCUGGUUCGUUCUACGCUCGAGUACUGUUCCACGGUUUGGGCUCCCUUCUACCAGAACGCCAUUCAACGCGUGGAGUCGGUGCAGCGAAAGUUCGUCAAAUAUGCCCAACGUCACAUCACUUGGCCUGAUCCUUUAAAUCCUCCGAGCUAUGCUGAACGUUGCAAAAUGCUAAACCUUGAUCUUCUUUCGG